AUGUCGGUGCCGCUGCUGAAGAUCGGGGUCGUGCUAAGCACCAUGGCCAUGAUCACUAAUUGGAUGUCCCAGACGCUGCCCUCGCUAGUGGGCCUCAACACCACCCGGCUCUCGGCCGCCAGCGGCGGGACGCUGGACCGCAGCACCGGCGUGUUGCCCACCAACCCCGAGGAGAGCUGGCAGGUGUACAGCUCUGCCCAGGACAGUGAGGGCAGGUGUAUCUGCACGGUGGUCGCCCCCCAGCAGACCAUGUGUUCACGGGAUGCCCGCACAAAACAGCUGAGGCAACUACUGGAGAAGGUGCAAAACAUGUCUCAAUCCAUAGAAGUCUUGGACAGGCGGACUCAGAGAGACCUGCAGUACGUGGAGAAGAUGGAGAACCAAAUGAAAGGCCUGGAGUCCAAGUUCAAGCAGGUGGAGGAGAGCCAUAAGCAACAUCUGGCCAGGCAGUUCAAGGCAAUAAAAACGAAAAUGGAUGAACUUAGGCCUUUGAUUCCUGUGUUGGAAGAGUACAAGGCCGAUGCCAAAUUGGUAUUGCAGUUUAAGGAGGAGGUCCAGAAUCUGACGUCAGUGCUUAACGAGCUGCAAGAGGAAAUUGGCGCCUAUGACUACGAUGAACUUCAGAGCAGAGUGUCCAAUCUUGAAGAAAGGCUCCGUGCAUGCAUGCAAAAACUAGCCUGCGGGAAGCUGACAGGUAUAAGUGACCCAGUGACUGUCAAGACCUCUGGCUCAAGGUUCGGGUCCUGGAUGACAGACCCACUGGCCCCAGAAGGUGAUAACAGGGUUUGGUACAUGGAUGGUUAUCACAACAACCGCUUUGUCCGUGAGUACAAGUCCAUGGUGGACUUCAUGAACACCGACAAUUUUACCUCGCACCGUCUCCCACACCCCUGGUCAGGCACAGGCCAGGUAGUCUACAAUGGUUCCAUCUAUUUCAACAAAUUCCAGAGUCACAUCAUCAUCAGGUUUGACCUGAAGACAGAGACGAUCCUGAAGACACGCAGCCUGGACUACGCUGGCUACAACAACAUGUACCAUUAUGCCUGGGGUGGCCACUCAGACAUCGACCUCAUGGUGGACGAGAAUGGGCUCUGGGCUGUCUAUGCCACGAACCAGAAUGCUGGCAAUAUCGUCAUCAGCAAGCUGGAUCCGGUCUCGCUGCAGAUCCUGCAGACGUGGAACACCAGCUACCCCAAGCGCAGCGCCGGCGAGGCCUUCAUCAUCUGCGGGACCCUCUAUGUCACCAACGGCUACUCGGGGGGCACCAAGGUCCACUACGCUUACCAGACCAAUGCCUCGACCUACGAGUACAUUGACAUCCCCUUCCAGAACAAAUAUUCCCACAUCUCCAUGCUGGACUACAACCCUAAGGACCGUGCCCUGUAUGCCUGGAACAAUGGCCAUCAGACCCUCUACAAUGUCACCCUCUUCCACGUCAUCCGCUCUGACGAGUUGUAGCUCCUGCUUUCCCAGAAGCCCAGGGUCCAAGUCCUCUCCCAGAGGACAUUUCCAUGAAAUAGCUGCCAAAAUGAUUCCAAGAAUACUAACAGCCCUGAUUUUGAAAAAUCAGCGUGAUUCUGACGCCGAGGGAUGGUGUCACCUCUGUGUUCCUCCUAUUCAUGCAGGUGGGCCACAGAUUUCCGAAGAACCACCAUGUAUGUGGAUGGAACUGCAGCCCAAGGCUCCCUGGCUGUCCCCAUCCCUCCUCAUUCCUCUCUGGUCAAAUAACUCAAAGAAGCAAGGCGAUGACUGUUGGCCCCUCUCACCCAAGAACAACCCACUGUUAGGAUUGCAUGGACAUUUCCUUAGGUCGUGAUCAGCGCGAUGAUGUGAUGGCCAUUCCUCCCUCCCAGAGCCCCCCGCCCCCGGCCCCCACGGCGCUCAGUGUAGGCUGCUUCAGCCCACACAUAUUGCAGCUGCCUUUCUCUUGACUGUGUUGUUGUCUCUUAGAUUAACUGUGCUGAGACUCCCGGUAGCUCAUGGACCCGUGUCUAGUGCUUUCCCGAAGCAAUGGUGGGUGUUCGUAGAGUGAAGUUGCCGUACCCACGUUGUUGAACUUGCGUACCCUGUAGCUAGGUCGUGAGGUGUCCGUCUGUUAUCCCCCAAGGUGGUAACUCCGUGUGUUCAAUUUAUGCAAUGAAUGUUGUCAUGCAAUGCCGUAGUUUGGAUUGAUAAGUGGAUGGUUUCUGUUUCUAAAAAGAAAAAAAAAAAUCAGUGUAUGCCCUUAUAGGAGACAUAGUCAAGUUCAUGUUGAUAAUAACCCAGUGGAAUUCUUCUCUUCUUGUCAAGUUAUCCGAAUCAUGUAAUCUUGGAUGGGAAGGACGCAUCUUGGGAAACUUCAGUUUCCAACAGGAAGGAACUCCCCAAGGGUAGCCAUGUGUGGAGAAGUCAUUUUUUAAG